AUGCGGGCGGCAGAGUCGCGCCGCGGGUACCACGGGCCACGGCGUUUCGGAUCCGCGCGCUCUUUUACACCACUCGUCUUCGCUCACAAUCAGGUGAGUUUAAAUCCGAGCCUGGCAUCGAACGGGUGCCAUUGGCCACGAGCCCACUCCGGCGCGCCUGUCAACCCUCGUUUCUGGGGAACAAUUGAGGCCGCGAACGAGAUUAAUAAACACGGCACUAACUGCGCCCUCGGCAAU